AUGCUUCGCCACCUGGCUCGGAGAGUGUGCGUGCGGCCGAUGCGCCACGUCGUGGGCGGCCGCCCGCUGCAUCUGACGCGGUCAGACGCUGCGUCCGUCACGGCGAUCGAGAUGGGCGUGCCGCCGAGUGUGGAGCGUGAUCAUGGCGUGCUCCAAGAGCUGCUGGACACGUCGUCACGCGCCGCGGCGGCGCGGACGGCCGGGGCGCCUACGGGUCUGUUCCAGAUUGGGCAUUUGCGAGCGCCGCAGGACUUUGUGCUGCUGGCGCAGCGGACGUUGGUGCGGUGCCAGUUGCUCGUGAAUAGGAUAUCCCGGGCGCAUACGCCUCGAGAGACGGCGCUGGUCGUUCAGCACCUGGACCGGCUGAGUGAUAUGCUGUGUGGCGUCAUUGACAUGGCCGAGCUCGUCCGGCAUGCGCAUCCAGACAAGGCCUGGGCGACGGCCGCGAACGAUGCGUAUGAGUACCUGUGCAACUACAUGAACGUGCUCAAUACACACACGGAGCUGUACGAUGCCUUGCGCCGCGUGAUGGACGACUCGCAGUUGUACCAGCAGCUGUCGAAGGAAGCCCAGGCCGUGGCGCUCAUCUUUCUGCGCGACUUUGAAAAGUCGGGCAUCCACCUGCCGCCGCGCGAGCGCGAGCGGUUCGUGGACCUGAGUGAUCAGAUCAUGGUGCUGGGGCGUGCCUUUUUGCAGGACAUGUCCACAGGCACGAGCGAUGCGGUGAUCGAGUUUCCCACCGAGCUCCUCCAGGGCCUCGAUCUGUCCCUCCUGGGCCAGAGCCUGCUGCGACUGCGGCCGGCCAAGACCAUCUCGGUCGUGCCUGGGAGCUGGGAGUUGCAUUAUAUCAGCAGGCACGCACCGAAUCCAGAGGCGCGGCGCCUUGCCUACAUGAUGUCGUACACGGGCCGCGACGUGCCCGUGGCGAUUCUCGAGCAGCUCUUGCGCACGCGCUACGAGCUAGCCAGGCUCACUGGCAAGGAGAGCGCGGCGGAAAUGGCGCUCGUGGACAAGAUGGCCGGAUCGUCCGAGCACGUAUCGAGCUUUUUGCGGCUGAUGGCGCAUGCGCAGCGCCCGGCUGCGCAGCAGAUGAUCGCUGAAUUCGGCGCGCUGAAGCACAAGCUAGAAGGCACGAGCCACAUGGACAUUUGGGACCGCGACUUUUACGCGGAGGCGUACCUCCAACUGCAUCAGCCGGCGCAGCUGACGCCCCUGUCGCCGUACCUGUCGCUCGGCUCGGUGUUUACGGGCUUGUCGCGCCUGUUUUACCUGUUGUACGGCAUCCACUUCCGUGCGGCUGAGACGCAGCCUGGGGAAGUGUGGCAUCCCGACGUGCUGAAGCUCGAGGUGGUCGACGAGACGGAAGGCGGCGUGAUUGGCACGAUUUACUGUGACUUGUACUCGCGCGAGGGAAAGCCGCCCAGUGCCGCGCAUUACACCGUGCGGUGCUCUCGCCGCAUCGACCAGGAUGACGCGCACCUGGAUGUAGAGCUCGGCGCGAGUCCUGAGCUGCCGGCCGACACAUCUACCGAGCAUUUGCUGGGGGUCGUGGGCGCUCCGGGUCGCGGACGGCCCGGUCGCUUUCAGCUGCCGGUGGUCGUCCUCAUGACGGACUUUCCCGGCAUGGGCCAUGGCGGGGCGAGUCUGCUCCGCUGGCACGACGUCGAGACGCUCUUCCACGAGAUGGGACAUGCGAUCCACUCCAUGAUCGGACGCACCGAGUUCCACAAUGUGUCAGGCACACGAUGCGCGACAGACUUUGUCGAGCUGCCGUCGAUUCUCAUGGAGCACUUUUUGGUCCAUCCUCAGGUGGUCCAGCUCACAGCGCACCACCACCGCACCGGCUCGCCGCUCCCAUACCACCAGUUGCAGCAACACCUGGAUACGCAAAAGAGGCUGGAUGCGCUGGAUGCGCACCAGCAGAUUCUGCUAGCGUCGCUGGAUCAGCGGUACCACUCGAGUCGCGCCGGUGCGCCGACCUUCUCGACGUCCAAGGAGCUCGAGGCACUGCAGGCGGAGAUGGGGCUUUUCCCGCCGGUGCCGAAUGCGACAUGGCAGGGCCAGUUUGGGCACUUGUUUGGGUACGGCGCGACGUACUACAGCUACCUCUUUGAUCGUGCGAUUGCCGCGCGAGUGUGGGAUAAGGUGUUUGCCAAACAGCCCCUGUCGCGUGAAGCGGGCGAAGAGUUCAAGAACCAAGUGCUCCGAUACGGCGGUGGCAAGAACCCCUGGCACAUGCUCGCCCGUCUCUUGAAGGAGGACGAUAUCGCGCACGGCGACUCGCGUGCGAUGGAAACGAUUGGCCGGUGGGGCCUGGGCUGCCCAACGAGCUACGAGCUCCCAUAG